ACACGAGAGGGGCCUUCAACAUGGCUGCUCGCUGCUGAGGCCACAGAGGGGUUCGGGUCACCUGUCGUUGCGGUGAGUGCCGCCGCCGAGCAGCGAGCCGUCAGCCAUGCCCGUGAGAACGACGGAGAUCGUGCCACCCUUGCCGGCCAACGCGCAGCAACCUGGCGUCACCAGGUCGCUGCUCUACAACGGCUCCCGGUUCCAGGGCCAACAGAAGAGCAAAGGCAACAGCUACGACGUCGAAGUUGUGCUUCAGCACGUGGACGAAGCAAACUCCUAUUUGUGCGGCUACCUGAAGAUCAAGGGCCUCACGGAGGAGUACCCGACGCUCACCACAUUUUUCGAUGGAGAGAUCAUCAGCGGGAAGUACCCAUUUCUCACGAGGAAAUGGGAUGCCGACGAGGAAGUCGACAAGAAACACUGGAGCAAGUUUGGGUCAUUCGAGGAUUACACCAAGACGUUCAACUGUGACAGUUUCAACUACACGAGCCUCAAAGCAUCCGAAAACGUUUUCAUGAGGUGGAAGGAACACUUUCUGGUUCCUGACCACACCAUCAAGGACAUCAAUGGGGCAUCCUUUGCGGGCUUCUACUACAUCUGCUUCCAGAAAAAGUCGGCCACCAUUGAAGGCUACUACUACCAUCGAAGCUCUGAAUGGUACCAGUCACUAACGUUGCGGCACGUGCCGGAGCACAGCAUCCAGAUAUACGAAUUCCGGUGAGGACAGCGCACGUCUGCAAACUCGGCACCGGCGGCGCGUCCAUUCCCGCCAUCACCCCCGUGCCCUGCAUCACGACAGGGCAGUCACUUGAGUCGCCCUCCUGCAGCAGCAUUGACCGGCAUUCAGUCCGUCGCCAGCCGCCCCAAUACGUCUGCGAGGGCAGUCACUUGAGUCGCCGUCCUGCAGCAACAUUGCUCUCCAAAUCGGAGAGAGACGAACGACCGGCAUUCAGUCUGUCGCCAGCCACCCCGAUACGUCCGCGGUUCGCCCGUGGCGGGUCGCUGAUGACGACAGCUUCGUAAUUGUGCGCUCCGUCGCAAGUGUCCACUGCUGCCGCCGCCGCGCUGUGUGUGUUUAGUGUGUCCGUGCCAUCAUCAUCACCACCGGACUUGAGCCCCCGAAGAGACGUCUUCAUUCACCGUGUGCGCGCGUCCGCCAUCUUCAAAACUGAACGUGCGCGCUGCUCUCUGAACAAAGAGCGCUCGAAGCAGGGGGAUGGCAUUUCUUCCUUCUAGUCCCGUCGCCACCGGCAACGCCGAGAUUGUAAGGGUUUGCACCAGUAAUUUUUGUUUUUUUUUCCCCCCUUCUGUUCCACUGGUUGUGACUGGUGUUUUUCCUAGUGAAAGGAAGAUACGUUGGGCUAACGAAGCCUUACCGCAUUCUGUGCUUCCGCGUUCACCCCGAGUAACAUUUAAGGCGUGUGGCGAGAACUAACCUCGCGAUGCCCGGGCCUGGCAUUUUUUAUCGUAGUUCUUUGGGGUGGGGGAGGGGUGGAAUCAAUGCAUGAUGCGUGUGUGUGUUCCGCUGCUGCAUCGUACAACAACGGAAGCAUAAUUCGAAAUGAGAUUAUUUGCAAACAAACUGAUCGAGCAGUGCUGAUUUGUUUCGUUUUACAUGCCUUGCAUGCUAGUUUUUUUUUUGUUUUUCUGAUGGCAUACAUUUAUCUUUUGACAGAUUUAUGCUGGCAUUUUAAUCAGCUAUGUCGCCAUGUACUGUUCUACAAAAAAAAAAGACACUGCAUGCAGUAUGCAUCCCGGUUAUGUAUGCAUGUAAAAUUAAAGGAAGGCUGUGUUGUGA